AGUUUAAAGUGGUUUGUUCGUUUGUGAAUUGAUAAACGUUACUAAGAUAAAUUUUAUCUUAGACCUUGUGUAUCCUUUAUUAUGCUUCCAUAAAAAGAGAUAUUUACGAAACAAGAAAUGUUUUUGGUAUAAAAAUGGAUUCCGGAACUGAUUGGUUAUGUGAAAUUUUACAAAAUGUUCAACUCGAACAAUUUUAUUUACCAAUCCGAGAUCAACUACAAAUCACUCGACUUGCUCAUUUCGAUUAUGUCCACACUGAGGAUUUAGAACGAAUUGGUAUAAGCAAACCUGGUAUUCGUAGACUUCUAGAUGCAGUACGAAAAAAGAAAUUGCAAUUAUGGAACAGGAAGUUUUGGAAUAAACUCUUUGGCUCUUCAGGUUCAGUUUCAAAAGAAAAGACAGAGAAUAUAUUAAGACCUCAACCACAGACUGAAGCUAGAACUACAUGCAUUAUAUUAGAAAAGGAUAUUGUAUUACACAAUGAGUUAGGGAAAGGAUCAUUUGGGGUAGUACGCAGAGGUGAAUGGAAAGUAUCAGAACUAAAUCAAACCAUAGCUGUAGCAGUUAAAGUCUUAAAGGCAGAUGCAUUUACACAGCCAGGAAUAUAUGAUGACUUCAGAAGAGAAGUAGAGGCCAUGCACAGCUUGAAACACCCUAAUCUCAUAAAGUUACAUGGUGUAGUCUUUCAUCCAUUGAUGAUGGUCUGUGAAUUAGCAACUAUGGGUGCUUUGCUUGAUUAUAUUAGAGCUCAAAAUGGAAAAGUAUCAUUGAACUACAUAUCAAAAUGGUCAGGACAAGUUGCAGCCGGCAUGGCUUAUUUGGAGAAAUGCAGAUUUCUACACAGAGAUCUUGCAUGUAGAAAUAUUUUAUUGUCUAGUUUAGAUCUGGUUAAAAUAGGUGAUUUUGGUUUGAUGCGAGCCUUGCCAGACGCAGAUGAUUGCUACGUGAUGAGUGAGCGACGGCGUGUGCCAUUUCCGUGGUGUGCACCUGAGUCUUUAAGGUCGCGGCAAUUCUCACAUGCAUCGGAUGUAUGGAUGUUUGCGGUUGCAUUGUGGGAAAUGUAUACUUUUGGGGAUGAACCUUGGAUAGGACUAAAUGGUUCGGAGAUAUUGCGUCUAAUAAUGCGCGAAGGACAGCGGUUAUCAGCUCCCGUCGCCUGCCCACCUGACGUCUAUAUGUUGAUGAUGCAAUGCUGGGACCUAAACCCAAAAGAACGACCAACAUUCUCCGGUAUAUUACAGUAUAUGGAUGUGAAUAAGUUCGAAACCGCUCUUGCUGAUCUAAGCUACAGAAAGCAAGGUCAAAUGACAAUAGAGGCAGGCGACGCCAUUAUUCUGAUUGAUAAACGAGUCGAGUUGCAUUGGUGGAAGGGGCAGAAUCAACGCACACUAGAUAUUGGGUUAUUUCCUAGUACUAUCGUAACAGUAUCGAGGAAUAAGAAUGUCCAAGCUGUCAAGAAAGCACAAACAUUGUCGCCGAGCAGACGGAAUUCUACCAACACGCCACCCGUAGUAGCAGAUGAAUCAGUGAUCCUGCGCAAGCGCAGGACGAUAGAAUCGACUCAACCAACGACAACACGAGCCGGGAACAACGCGAGCAAACACUUCAACUAUAAUAAACUUACGAAUGACAGGACAUUGCACAAUGAAAGGAUUGCCAGGGCAGCCCGAGAUAGCCAGGCGAAGAGUCUGAGUCAAGUGAAGGAAGACCUCCUCAUUGACUUAGACCUUCCGCCGGUGACAGGUGGUGCCACUAAACCAGCCAAUCAGAAUCUCUCUUUACUCGAUGAACCCAUUGAUGUACCUGAAGUUGGACAAGAAGCGGACUGGGGACAGCAAAGUAUAGAAAGCCUACCCACAUAUUCGUCAAAUGUCCAAACUCAACCGAAUCUAUUUGGUGCUAAAUCUUUAGACAAUCUGAAUUUUUCCACCCCUAGUACAUCUAUACGAAACGAUCCGUUCGACACUUCACAAUUCUCAAUGUCCAGACCUUACGAUACUCGACCGAAUUAUGAUAUUAAUAGCGAUACUCAAGAAUCUCAAAUUUAUCCCAACCUGAAUUAUAAUAACACCGUCUCCACACAUACAAAUCCGAAUUCGGAUUUAAGUGUGACAAAUUCUUUGGCCCAAGUCUCAUUAGACGAUAGGAUAUCGGACUCCCUGAAUCUCAGAUCGAAAAACACGAAUCUACAAAACAGCGGUCCCUCCACGUCCGAUGACUUUCCCGUGUACAAUAACUUCGAUGUUAACCCGGAGUUCGCGUUGGAGACCUUUGACUAUUACUCGAAAUCGAAUAAUCAAAGCGCAAAUUACGAGAAGAACAUAUACGUGCCGAAUGACGAGAGCGAGAAAUUGAGGAAUUUCAGCGAACAGUUGGAGAAUUCCAAGAAUUAUUCGGCUUUUAAAUAUCAGAAUGAUUUGGGGUACGGAUACGGUGCGUCGACGUCUCGACGGGGUUACGACGAAGUGAGCGAUAACGUGUAUAGUGAAAUCGAGAGUCGGUACUACGCGCCGACGUACACGAACGCGUGCUUGUACGACGAAGUGUACGAACCUACGCCCCGACCGCAUCGACCCGCGCCGCCUUGCCCUUCCAAACCGAAGUGAUCUGGUAUUUGAUUUUUUUUUAAUUAUUAGUAUAUCGUGAGGUCACAGCAGUGCUAUUAAAUGUAUAGUUCGACAGUGUCGUCUUGGUACUUGAAAACAAAAAAAAAUUGUUUCUAAAUGACGCGUAGCAAAUAACAUUUUUGUUAGUUCGCAUCACCGGUUUUUUUCUUUUUAUACUAACUUUUAUGUUUGACUUUUGUCUUUUCGUUUAUCCUGCCUUUGCAGUGUUUGUAUCUGAUUCUUACUAAAUUAUUUUAAUUGGCUAUGUUUACUCAUCUAUUGCAGCUAUGAUAUGGUGCUUCAAAUCUUUUCUGCUUGGCUAUUAACAUAUUGAAUAGUUAAUGAAUUUUAACAUUUUGACACAAAAGUUGAAAUUUUAAUAAUUCAUUAACUAUUGAGGGUAAUUAUCUAAAUUCGAGGGUAGUUCGAAAGUCGUGGUAAAGCUAUGUUUACUACUUACCUUGCCUCUAAAAGAUAAUAAAUGUAAUUGAGAGGUGAAACUAUAUAACGAAGGCGCGUCUCGUUCGUUUGUGAUUUGUCUUACAGAAGAAUAGGUCAGCUUGUCUCUGGACUACAGAUAUUGUUUGUGAUUAAUGGAUUACAUAACAAUGAAUAGAAUGCAAAUUUAGUUUAAACUAUGUUAAUAAAACUACAUCGUACUGAAGAUUUUUGGCUACAAUGUUCGUGGUGAAUGAAAUUGCACUUUUAAUAAGAAAGAAUCGCGUUCGGCGCAGCUAAUUAUAUUUAUAUUGGGAAAGUUAUACAAGACCCGACUUAUACCUCGCAUUUGUUCACUUGUAACUAUCUUCGGAGCCGCUCUAUGUGAUAUCAGAGUAGAGUCUUAGUGCUAAAGUAUAGCUUACAUAUGACACUCAAUAAUUGACAUACAGAAGUCGUACUUAAUCGACAUAAACAAUAAACAUGUCUCUUUAGUACAGACAUUAGAAAUUAUAUUGAUAUUAUAUUAAGCCUUCAGAUACGAUAAUUAUUUUAAACAAUACAUGUAUUGAAGUAUUGUAUUUUUUGAGAUUAUUGUAAUACGAAUAAAACAGCAGCUAAAAUGGCAGCUGUUGAACAUUUUAGUUCAGGCACCUCGCUAAGAAUUUUUGUUAAAAAGGUAUUUUUGUGUCUUCCUGGGUUUUUUUACAAUAAUGAAACAGCAUAAAGUAAAAAAAACUGUUAACAAAAACAGAAAAAAUGCAUGAACUAUAUUAAAUAUAGAUAUUGAUUUUUUUUAAAUCUUCGGACUACGUCUUAUCGUAAAGCUGAACAAACUCAAAAUAUAUACAGCACUGAAAAUACAGCGAUUUCACUAGUGAGCUGUGUAAGGUGGUUAAAAAUGUCAGUCAGGUAGUGCUCGGGCAAGAAACAUGAAAUCGUUGUUUAAUCUUGAUUUUUUUUUUAAAUAUGAAAAUUUUCUUUAAGUUGUUGAUUUCUUAAGUUAAAUUAAGCUUAUUUUACUAUGAACAUUGACUUAUAAAUUUGAGGGUAGUUCGAAUGGUGGUAAAACUAUGUUUACUACUUACCUUGCCUCUAAAAGAUAAUAAAUGUAAAAAAUAAACUAUAUAACGAUGGCGCGUCUCGUUCGUUUGUCUAACGGAACAAUAGAUAAGCUUGUCUCUGGUCUAAAGAUGUUGUUCGUUUCUUAUUGGUCUAACGGAACAAUAGAUAAACUUGUAUCUGGUCUAAAGAUCAUGUUCGUUUCUGAUUGGUCUAACAGAACAAGAGAUUUGCUUGUCUCUGGACUAAUAUAUCGUUCGUUUGUAAUUGGUCUAACGGAACAAAAGAUUUGUUUGUCUCUGGACUAAUAUAUCUUUCGUUUGUAAUUGGUCUAACGGAACAAAAGAUUUGUUUGUCUCUGGACUAAUAUAUCGUUCGUUUGUAAUUGGUCUAUCGGAACAAGAGAUUUGCUUGUCUCUGCACUAAUAUAUCGUUCGUUUGUAAUUGGUAUAACGGAACACGAGAUUUGUUUGUCUUUAAAGAUAUUGUUUGCGAAAAAUACGCCCACGUCUCGCCUUUCACUCUUAGUUUAUCGGUGCCUCUUUAUGUACCUGCCUAAGUUUGAAUGUUUAUUUUUAGAUAGAUAUAACUCGAAUUUGAUAUUUUAGUUUUAUAUGUAAAAAUGUACAGUAAUGUAAGUAAUUAUUGGCAGGUUUAAUGUACCCAUACGUGUGUAUAACGCUUAUAUCACAAUAAAGAGAUUCUUAUGAUU